AUGAUAGAUUUGAAGAGCGAAGAGCGCGAGGAGCGAGAAAAGAGCCGAAGAGCGAAGAGCAGUAAAGAAGAAGAGCGAGAGCGAAGAGCGAAGAAAGAGGAACAAGAGCAAGAGCCAAGAGACAAGAGCAAGAGCAAGGAUCCAAAGAGCAAAGCAAGAGCCAAGAGCCAAAGACCAAUAGAGCCAAGAGCAAGAAGCCAAGAGAAGAGCCAAGAGCAAGAGCCAAGAGCCAAGCAAGAGCCAAGAAGCAAAGCCCCAGCCAAGAAGUCAAGAGCCAAGAGCAAGAGCCAAGAGCAAGGCAAGAGAGGCAAGACAAGAGCCAAGAGCAAGAGCCAGAGCCAAGAGCCAAGCAAGCCAAAGCCCAAGAGCCCUAAAGAGCGCGCCCAAGCCAACCCAAAGCCACUAAGAGCCCAAGACCCAAGAGGCCCAAGACCCAAAGAAGCCCAAGAGCCCAGCCAAGAGCCAAAGCCCAAGAGCGACAAGAUGCCCAAGAAGCCCAAGAGCCCAAAGAGCCCAAGCCCACCCAAAGCCCUAAGAGCCAAGCCCAAGGAGCCCAAGAGCCCAAGAGCCCAGAGCCCAAGAGCGCAGACCAAGAGUCCCAAGAGCCCAAGAAGCCCAAGAGCCCAAGAGCCUCAAGAGCCCAAUAGCCCAAGGCCCAAGAGCCCAAGGCCGAUAGAGCCCAAGAGCCAAGAGCCCAAGAGCCCAAGAGCCGUCAUAGAAGCCCCAAGAGCCCAAGAGCCCAAGAGCCUCAAGAGCCCAAGUAGCGCCAAGAGCCCAAGAAGUCGCCAAGGCCCAAGAGCACACAAGGAGGCCAAGAGCCGCAAGAGUCCCAAGAGUCCAGAGCCGCCAAGGAAGCCAAGAGGCCCAAGAGGCCCUAAGAGCCAUAGAGCUCGCAGAAGAGCCCAAGAGCCCAAGAUGUCCCAAGUAGCCAAGGUAGCCCCAAAGAGCCAAGAGCUCAAGAGCCCCGAAGAAGCCAAGAGAGAGCUCCAGAGCCCAAGUAGCCCAUAG